AAAUAUUAAAUGUAAUAAGUAGCCAAUUAUUUUAAAAAGCACGCGUAGAGGAAAUAAUAACAGCUGCAUAUGUGUGUUGGCAAACCCGAUAACUACCACGAUAACAUCUUUAGAUUGUAAACUGUAAGGUGCACAGUGUUUUAUUUGACAAAAGUGGCUCGGUAACCUUCAAGCGUGAUGGUUGCUGUAACACUGGGAGGAGUGCGACACUGACAUUUAGUGUUUGGCCCCCGGAUGACACACAUGAAGUGUGUGAAGCUCCAGCGGAUCUGAAUCUGAAUGACUGCUUUAGGUCGUCAUCAGAUUUGCCAAUCAAUGGCUCUGACCUUUGUCCUGAUCACGAAGCGGAGACUGUAAUAUCACGCUUCAUGCCAGCAGUCUCAGUAUGGAUCCCGCAGGCCACAAGUACUUCACUGUUAUUGAUUAUGUGAUAUUCGCCUUGCUGUUGGUGGCCUCCAUGGCCAUCGGGCUGUACUACGCCUUCACCGGAGGACGCCAGAGCACCACGCGAGAGUUCCUGUUCGCAGACAGGAGUAUGAAGUGCCUGCCGCUCUCUCUGUCUCUUAUGGCCACCUUCCAGUCGGCCGUGGCCAUCAUUGGCACGCCGGCUGAGGUUUACGCCAAUGGCACGCAGUACUGGUUUAUUGGCUGCUCGUAUAUUCUUGGUCUCCUGAUACCAGCACACAUUUUCAUUCCUUUGUUCUACAGACUGCAUCUCACCAGUGUUUACCAGUAUUUGGAGCUGCGCUUCUGUAAAGCAGUCCGUAUAUGUGGCACUGUUACUUUUAUUUUUCAAAUGGUCAUUUAUAUGGGUGUUGGCAUCUAUACACCUGCCCUUGCAUUGAAUGCAGUUACUGGUUUUCAUUUAUGGGGAGCAGUACUGGCGACUGGGUUAGUGUGCACUCUUUAUACUGCACUGGGUGGACUGAAGGCAGUGGUCUGGACCGAUGUUUUCCAGACAGUAGUGAUGUUUACUGGUCAGCUGGCCGUCAUCAUUGUGGGCGUUCAUCAGGCUGGUGGUUUGUCUGAUGCCUGGGCGAAAGUCAGAGAUGGUGGACACAUCUCUGGGAUUGACCUGAAUCCCGACCCAACGGUACGACACACGUUCUGGACGCUAGGUGUUGGAGGAGUGUUUCUGAUGCUCUCUCUAUAUGGAGUGAACCAGGCUCAGGUUCAGAGGUACCUCAGUUCUCGUACAGAGAAAGAAGCCGUCAUGUCCUGCUAUAUGGUGUUUCCUUGUCUUCAGGUGGCUUUAAUGCUCAGUUGUCUGAUGGGGCUGGUCAUGUACGCUUGCUACGGAAACAACAGCCCAUUAAAACAGCAGUACAUCACAUCCAAAGACCAGAUGGUGCUCUAUUUUGUCAUGGACAUGUUACAAAACUUCCCUGGACUUCCUGGAUUGUUUGUGGCCUGUUUGUUCAGCGCAUCACUCAGUACAAUAUCCUCAGCUUUUAACUCAUUAGCCACAGUGACUAUGGUGGAUCUGAUCAAGCCCCAUUUCUCAAUGACGGAGGCCAGAGCCACUCUGCUGUCAAAGCUGCUGGCGCUGGCAUAUGGGAUUAUAUGUCUGGCUAUGGCUUAUGUCGUGCAUUUGAUGAACAGUUCAGUUCUUCAGGCCGCUCUCAGUAUCUUCGGGAUGGUUGGUGGGCCGCUGCUCGGUCUGUUCUGUCUCGGCAUCUUUUUCCCAUGUGCAAAUAGCAUUGGAGCUGUAACAGGACUUGCCGCAGGUCUGAUCAUGGCAUUCUGGGUUGGUAUUGGUGGCUUUUUGUCUCGGAUGCCCAGUUCUGUACAAGUUCUUGCCCUUAACUCUACUAACACCAUACCAGGUGCCCCUGAAAACAUCACCGUCACAGCCGUGCCUGCUGUCAUAGAUCCUGCCAGACCCGUAGGGCUGAAUGGAUUAUAUUCUCUGUCAUACAUGUGGUACAGCGCUCUCAACUCCUCCACCGUGGUGCUCAUCGGACUUAUUAUCAGCUUCAUGACUGGCCCAACAAAAGGAGACGAUGUGGCCUCCGGCACAGUGUAUCCUGUGAUGCAAAGGGCACGAUCCCUUCUGCACAAGCUUGUGAAACCGAGCACUUGCUGUACGGCUCCUCCUGCGCACACGGAGAUGGAUGGUCAUAAGGAAAUGAAUGGAAACGUAAAGGAGGAUGCUGGAACUGAGGAAGAGACAGACACAUUUCUCCCAUCAGAUCCAGUUUCUCCCCUGGAGCAGGAGACCUCCGUAUAGCAAAAACAACAAGAACAGGUUAUCUUGCACGCUAGCACUGUGUGUUGUAAAUAUGCUGUAUAUUGAUGGUGUCAGUAAUGCAAAUUACAGAGAUGUGUGCCUGUAAUUAUUCUGAACGAAAAGGUUUGCCUAGGUGUACAUUUUUGUAAUAGACUGUAUAUUUCUGUCACAUUUGUAUUGUUUUCUAUGUGUAUAAAACCAAUGAAAAGUUUUUACAACAUGCACUAAAAUGCCAAUGCCUGAUGUAAAGUACAAAUCCAAAGGACAAAAAGAAUGUUCAGCAGAGCCAUUUUUCUAAUAAAAGCACUUGUGCAUCAUGUGUUAUUGCUGUU